GCUGUGUAACACAAUGCAUUCAUUGGUGGCCGGUAAGGCCCGCGUUGCACUUAUCAGGCGUUUAAGUUCUGCGAUUAGUGAUUGUAAUCAAAGUUGAUUGAUAAUCAGUCGGUUAAUGUAUGGAACUAAGCCUAGAUAAGUUAGAGUGUUUAGUGCAGUGUUUGAAGAUUUUAUGUGAGUAAUACCAUGUGCUAAAACUAAAACAAUGGACAAGUUGAUGUCCUUCUUCCAGCCAGAGAAGAGGCGGGCCAGCAAAAAAGAAGAGGGCUUAGAGGAACGAGAUGUGUCGGUGGUCGAGGAUAGAAGGAAAUGGUCUAUUUCCCGGUCGGGCCGCAUGAAACAGGCCAAUAAGAAGAGGCAUAGUGUCGCUAAAGAUCUUUAUGGAGAGACCUGCGCUCCUGUAGAAAAACCAAAAACUCUGGAGUACCACGUAAACAUUCCCGUCAAACCUGUGGAGUCUGCGUCCGAACCUGACGGGAGCCCUAGCGAACCAAAAUCUCCCGAAGAGGAGAUCGAAAGCGCGUUCGAGAUAUUGGAUAAAGUGGAUAAAAUUGACAAGUUGGAAGCUUCCUAG